AUGGAUAAAGCUUUUGUUUUUGCAAUACUUUUUUGUUUGUGUUUUGACAGAUCACUUCAUGACGAUGUUCAGGGAGAGACAUUAAGGAACAAAAGCAGCAACUUCAGCUCUAUUGGUCCCAGGACCUUUUUGGGACAGCCUGUGGUUGUGACCGUCUUCUCCUCUGGUCUGAAUGGGACAGGAGCAUCAUCUCCUCCGGUUGUCUCAGGCUCUAUACCGGUCCUCAGGCUGAACAGUAACAGGACUGCCUCUUACCUUCAAGGCAAUAUAAGCACCAUUCUCAUCCCAGUCCUGUACAUCCUAAUCCUGGCUGUGGGGGUCCCUGCUAAUUUGUUCACCCUUUGCUCCCUUGCAUCCAAAGUGCGCAAAGUGUCCUCUGCCAUCCUGUACUGCAGCCUAGCUCUGUCUGACUUGCUUCUGCUGCUGUCUUUGGUGUUUAAAGCUCACUAUCAUCUCCGGGGGAAUCAUUGGCUAUUUGGAGAAACUGCCUGCCGCAUGGUCUCUGCCUGUUUCUAUGGAAACCUGUACUGCUCAGCUCAGACGCUGGCCAGUAUCAGUGUGAAGCGAUAUCUAGCUGUAGUCCACCCAUUCAUGUACAAGAGCUUACCCAAGAGAAUGUGCACCACCUGGGUGACAGUGGUGCUGUGGAUGAUACUCGGAGCUGGUCUGGUCCCGGAGCUCCUGGUCCAUCAGAGCUACUGGAUCUCACAAUUGGACAUCAUCACCUGCCAUGACAUCUUACCAUUAGGAUCUGAGUCCCACAAGUUUCUGCUAUACUACAAUCUAGUUUUGACAAUCUUUGGCCUCUUAGUUCCUCUGGUGGUAUGUGUGGUUUGUUAUGUGCGUAUUUUGACUGAGCUGAAGCAGUCCCACACUGACUGGGGCUUGUACAUACGUAGCAGUUCUCUUGUUUUCCUAAUUUUUCUGGUGUGUUUCACUCCUGCGGGAGUCUUGCACUUUGCCCACUAUGUGCAGCUGUUUGCAGAUGGGACAGAGGGCUUGUACAUGUACUUUAAUGUGGCUGUGUGUUUAUGCUGCCUUCAUGCAGCGAUGGACCCCUUCCUGUUUAUGCUCAUGUCCCGCUCCACAGGAUCCAAUCCUUAUUUCAGAACCUUCAAGAGCAAGAGCCUCAGUUUAUCAGCGUAAGACUAACAAAAAGGGAAAACAAAGUGAGCUUAAAUAAGAAAAUAU